UGAACCUGAUUCUCUCCUCAAUCAUUUUAACUUUUGGUCCUGCGAUGCUCAAAAAGUCUUACUAAUCCAACUAAUUUGCUUGUAGAUGAAACAGAGUCAGAGAAAGACUUAAGUUUCAUUUCUGAAAUCAAGAACCAUCAUUAUUCGUCACCAGACAAACAAGUGAUUUAAUCAUUUGUCAAAAGCCUUCUAAUCAUCCAUACCCUUUUGUCAAAAAUCAAAACUUUGGUGGAGGUUUCAAUAGCUUUUUGCUCCUUUGUGUUGUUCUUGUUAUUGUCUUGUCUCUCACUUGUUCGAUCUUAUGUCUCUGUGAAGCUAUGGUGCUAAGACUCUUUAAAGUUUUGAUUUUUAUUAGAAUCCUUCUCUGUCUUAUAAACAUUGCUUCAUCUUCAAUUUAACCCAUUUCUUUUUAUUUAAUAUAUUUCUUAUUCCGAGGAGUUUUCUUGUUUCUGACAAAUAAAAACGUUUCCUUUUCUUCUCUCUCUCUCUCUCUGCUUUGAACUUACAUUAAUCAAUUCUAUCUGUCCUGAGUUUUAUGACAACUCAAGUUGUCUUCUUGUUCAGAGUUCUGUAGUAUAGUUUAUAAAUAAUGUAAAGUUUAUUGUUCUUUUAUCUUUGUUCCUAACUACCAUUCUUACAUUGGAUACGUUGAGUUGUUGUCGUUGUCUCCAUUCCACUCCCACUUCCCUCUUUUGUUUUUUCUUUGGAUCUCGUUUCAGGUCAGCUUAAGGAAAAGAAAAAAAAAAUGUUAAUUUCAGCUGAGAAAGGAGAGAUCUUGAUCCCUCAAUCUCCAGUUAGCUCAAUGUCAGUUCUUGAAUCUAUUGAAUCGCCACAACAUGUUGUUCCUUUGGUCUACACUGAUGUUAAUGUUGUUCCUGAGCAUGAAAGGAAUGAGCUUGAUAAGUCAAUAUCAAACCUUGAAGAGGAAGUUUUGGAAUUGAAGUCAAAGCUUAAGUCAUUGGAUGAAAAGAGAAGAGAUGUUCUGAAUAAGAUCAUAGACACUAAAGGAAGUAUACGUGUGUUUUGUAGAGUUAGGCCAUUUCUAUUGACUGAAAGGAGACCAAUUAGGGAACCUGUUUCCUUUGGACCAGAUAAUGUUGUUGUUAGAUCUGCUGGAACUCGAAAGGAGUUUGAGUUUGAUAAGGUUUUCAAUCCAUCAGCAACUCAAGAAGACGUUUUCGGAGAAGUGAAACCGAUUCUUAGAUCUGCUCUCGAUGGUCACAACGUAUGUGUCUUGGCGUAUGGUCAAACUGGGACAGGCAAGACUUUCACCAUGGAUGGCACGAACGAGCAACCAGGGCUUGCUCCUAGAGCUAUUAAAGAGCUUUUCAAUGAAGCUUCAAUGGAUCAUACACAUUCUGUGACAUUUACAAUGAGUAUGUUGGAAAUCUACAUGGGAAACCUGAAGGAUCUGUUGUCUGCAAGACAGUCUUUGAAGUCAUAUGAAGCCUCAGCUAAAUGCAACCUCAAUAUUCAAGUAGACUCAAAGGGCUCAGUUGAAAUUGAGGGUUUGACUGAAGUGGAAGUACCGGAUUUUACAAAAGCUAGAUGGUGGUACAACAAAGGGAGACGAGUCAGAUCAACUUCUUGUACAAAUGUAAACGAAACUUCGAGCAGAUCUCAUUGUUUAACAAGGAUCACAAUCUUUCGUCGUGGGGAUGCUGUGGGGUCAAGAACUGAAGUUAGCAAGCUUUGGAUGAUAGAUCUCGGAGGAAGCGAGAGGCUCUUGAAAACCGGAGCUAUAGGGCAAACUAUGGAUGAAGGAAGGGCCAUAAACCUCUCACUUUCCUCUCUUGGAGAUGUGAUUGCAGCGUUAAGGAGAAAGAAAGGACAUGUGCCUUACAGAAACAGCAAGCUAACUCAAAUUCUUAAAGAUUCUCUAGGUACUAAAUCAAAGGUUCUGAUGCUUGUGCACAUAAGUCCACGUGAUGUAGAUGUUGGUGAAACAAUUUGCUCUUUGAGCUUUACGAAACGCGCGAGAUCUGUAGAAUCUAACAGAGGAUUAACAGAAGAACUACAAAAGCUAAGAGAAAAGAAAAUAUCAGAACUGGAAGAGGAAAUGCAAGAAACUCAAGAAAAUUGUAAGAAGAUCAAAGCGCGGUUACAGGAAGUAGAGUGUCUGCUUAAUGAAAACAAGAAACUCUCUUGGAUCACCAGUGAUAAGCACUUAGAAGACGUCGAAAAGAAAGUCAUUUCGCCAUUAGAUCAUUUCAAAGAGACCGACGCAACCCCAAAAUCAUCUGAUAAACUUGUCAAAAUAAGCAAGAGUUCGGGGUUUGUCCCACGUUUCAUGACUUCAACUGUUGCUAGUCGCCAAAGGCAAACAAUGUCAGAGAAAGAAAUCAGUGCAAAAACACAGAGCAUACGAUCAGUGGCUACAAAUCUUACUCAGUUCUCCACUUCUCAGUCUUUUAGCCUCUCUGACUCACGCAGCAGAGUUCUCCUUAGAAGAUCAUACACAAAACCGCUUCAAGCUGUAGCUAACAGUGGAACACCAGAAACGCCUAAAAGGUAUAUUGAAGAUAGUUCUUUACUUAAAAAGAAUAUGACUGAUACUUCUUCGCCAAGGUCAAGGAGUAAGAUGGUUACUUCAUCAGAUCCAAAUGUGAGAGCUAAACUGUGUCAUCACAGAAGAAGAAUGUCAAGCUUGACAUGAUCUAACAGUGAUCAGUCAAGAAACAGGUCUUUCAUCUUUCUUUGACAUCUCUUGUGAAAGUGCUGAGUUUCUUUUUUUCCUCCAUUGAUUAGACUUCUGGUUUGAGCCUGAGUAGGAUGAGGCAGUGUCCUCCUAAUGGUCUGAUUUUAAGACCAUUUGAACUUGUGGAGUUUGCAGUUCUGGUUUUAAAAGGAUACAGCCCUCAAGUUACAUUUUUUAACAUCUGAGAGCAUGCCUAUGUGUUUUGCUUGUGACUGUUUCUUUGAAAAACUUCUUUGGGUUGGUGAUAGUUUGACAUUGAAUGCUUUUUAUGGGGUUCACAGAAACUGGAUCAUAAUUAAUAUUCCAGAUUCUAUCUUCUUUGGAUGGUUCAGAGAGAUGUGUGAAAGGGUUUCAGGUUUUUAUUUUGUCAUCUUUUGAAGUUUAUUGUGAAUUUUACUUCACUGUAUGUUUGUAACAACUCUUUAUAUAUACUAUUGGAUACAUUAAUGGGUAAUAGUAAUUCUUUUA